AUGAACCCGCCAAAAGUGGCGUCUAUCGUCACAGUGUCGGUAGUGCUGCUAUCGCUUCUAAACUUCCUGCUCAAGUACUAUACGUACUUCCUGCUCAUAGUGGCUGCCCAUAGGCUGGCAGAUGAUAAUGACAACAUUGCCGCUGGCGGGAGUGAAGAAGUGCCUCAUCCGCAUGAUCUAUACGUUCCAUUUCUCACAUUCAUUCCCACUCGAUCUCCUGUGGCUACCAGACCGUGGGUGCUUCUCACGGCGUCAUUCAUAGAGGAGAGCUUCAUUGGUCUCACCUUGGCCACCGCAAGUGUUUUCUACCUUGGUUGGUACUUGGAGGCUAAGUGGGGUCCCAAGGCGUUUUUGAAGUUCAUUGUUAUCACUACGCUUUCAACAAACAUGGCGCUCUACUUUUGGUAUGCUGCCAAAAACGCCUUAUUCCAUGUGGAGCUGGUGCCUCCGGUGGUCACUUCCACCACAUCCAUUGUCAUGAGCUGCUUGGUGGCCGUGAAACAGCGCAUAGCCAACCACUAUGUCAUCUUGUAUAAAAAUCUUAUUCGCAUCAAAGUUACAUUUAUUCCCUUCUGCUGGUGUCUGUUCUUGCUAGUCGCUAGUCUCGUCAUAUCAGAUUGGCAUAUCAUGCAUUGUGAGGCGUUCGUCUCUUUCUUUGUAUCAUGGGUGUACUUGAGGUUCUUAAAAGAAGGAGCAAAUGAGAGACAAUCAUAUUUGAUACCAAUCUCAAUCAAGAGCAAGAACCUCGAGGCAUCUCCUGUGGCAUCUCCAACAAACCUCAAAUUCGAUGAAAACCAGCCAAAAGGCGACAGAUCCAAUCUGUUUGCAUUAUGCACAUUUUUCCCUGGUUAUAUUGGCUCCGUCGUGAAGAUGGUGAGUAAUGCAGUGUUUGACUUUUCUGUUCGUCAUGGGAUCCUAAACGCCAAAGACUUCAUCGGCCAUGAUGAGGAUGAUAUGGGCGACCCGCAUGUUGGGGGAAUCAAUUCUAAGCUUUUUAGCUUGUCUCGUCUCAAAGGAGCUGAGAAUGUUGCAUUGAUGCCAAACGCCGGAAGCAAGUUGAAAAACUUCUUGGGAUUGGUAUCGAAAGAUGAUAAAAAUGAAAACAUCAACAUGACUAUGGAUAAGAGAAGAAAACUUGCCAUAAGGCAAUUAGAAUAG